AUGGGUGAAUGUGAAGCUGCGUCUUCUAAUGACAAAACACGUUAUGAACAAGUCGCGAUUUUAUCACGAGGGAAUAAUCAGUGUUUGAACGUACUUGAUGAUGCUUAUUCAUCGGGUUCAAAAGUGACGACUAAAAAUUGUGAUGAUAGUGAAACAGUAAAGAAUCUUAUAGGUUGGGAUAUUACACGUAAUUCGCCUGGAAAGAUAAUGGUGCCCAAUCACGAUAAUCUUUUUCUGGGUGUUGCGGCUGAUCAAGAUCUCUCUAUUGAGAUCAAUAAACAUGGAAUAAACUGGCUCAUGAAUGAUAAAGGUCAAAUCAUCGUUGACGGUUCAGGUGCAUGUUUGACUGUGGAUGGGAACACAGGUGGAACUCAUAUAGAUGAAUGUGCUUCCGAGCUAAUUCCCAAUCAAGGUUGGGAUCUCAUCAAGACCAAGAAUACAGUUGAAACGGUCUUGUGA